AGCAGCAGGAGCUCCUACUCGGCUCUCUGUCGUGAAGAGCAGCGCCAGCUCUCCGCGAAUUUAACCGAACCCGUGUUCUCACAUAGGCGCGCGAGGGGUUAGAGGCAAACCCCUGUAGGUGACAAAACAUCUCUCGGAAACCCCGUGCUGCGGCGUCCACAGGCCCCGGGCGGGGAGCAGAGGAGACCACAGGCUCCCGCAGCUCCUCAUCCCUCCUCUUCCCGGUUCUCCGGGACGUUUUUUUUUUUUUUUUUUACCGCUCUUCAUCGCUCUAAUUAGGAUUCGUGCGUCUUCGUCUGACUGACUCCUGUUGGAUUAAACUAUAACACGUCUGAACCUACUGACUGUUGAUUAAAAACAAACAAACAAGCAAACAAAAAAAGGAAAGAAAGAAAUAAGAGCGGCGACAUUUCCGGGAUUCUAGUCUGGGUCUGAUGCUCCGAGCGUCUGCAGCUCUCCUGACUCUCCAUGGUGAAGUGGGCGGAGUCUGAUGUCAGCCCCACCUCUUGUUGACCCGCCCACCAUGCCCACCAUGGUUUCCAGGCUGCCGAAGUUCAGCUCCCGGCCCCGGUCCCAGACGGCUCCUGCAGCGACGGCUCCAUCCGGCGCAGCUGCGACCGCCGCUGGCAGAACUCGCCUCACCAACGGAUUCUACCACCAUCCCGGACCGGCGGGUGUAUCCAUGACCCCGUCCUCUGCAAAGCAGAACGGAUUCAUCCGAGUGCCGUGUUCAUUUUCCGCGAAGUGGAGGAAGGAAAACGCAGCUGAUGGUGAUGAGAUAAUGGACGGAGAGGCUGAGUGCAAGAGAGGGAAAGGUGGGAACGCUGUCCAGAAUCGUAGCAACUGCCAGCCGUAUUUCUACCAGAACGAUGCCAGAAAACACACCACAUCCACCGCCGCGAAAGGGCGUGGCCAGCUUACACAGUAUUCCUCGUCAUCAUCAUCCCCGUCUCCACAAUCCAGCCCCAGAGCUCUUCCCAUUUCUAAAAAUGGAUCAGGAGGUUGCAAACUGGCUCCGAACUCUUCUGUACUGUCCAAGCAGAGUGUGAACACAAGUCCUGGAUCCAAAGCAGGGACGAAGGCGAUCGCUUCUCUGAGGCCGCCUCAAAGUUUUGUUCGCCUGACGGGUUCGAAGCCCGGCUCGGGCCCUGCGUCUCGAUCGGGAUCCCCGCUCCUAAAAAAGCCAACAGCUAGCCGCUCCCAUUCCAGCGACAACCUGGGCUGCGCCGCUUCCGCGCGGCUGACUGAAAGCGACCGCUUCCGCUCCCGGAGCCUCACGCAGGUCCGACAGCAGGCCUCCCCCACCCUCACCCAGACCGCCACCUCUCCUCACAUGUCUCGCCCCUUCUCCACCACCAGGGCCGCCCAACGGGUUCCCCCCGCCACCACCUCGCAGGCUCCUCCUAGAAGCAGCUUGUUGAAAUCGCCUGUGAGCAGAGCCGCUUCAGGCAGGGUGGCUGGCGGUGCCCCCUCCCAGCUGCCCCAGACAGCCCUAAGAAAGCCCCUCUUACCGGGUCCGACCUCCAGGUCCAGCGGCAUCAGCUACAAGCUAUCCCGCCCGUCGCUCGUCAAGCAGUCCAGACCCCUACGAGCAAAAGGAACAGACAUGUGCAGAAGUGAACAGGGAGUAAACAGAGGACCAACAAGACGAAAGAACUCUGUGGAGACGCCUUCAUCUACCGAAAACAGCCCAGAAAACACUCCAGACGCUGCAGAGAUGGAGCAGCUUUCUGACGACCUUGCGUCCCAGGGAAUGGGAUCGAUUGUUGGUGAGACGCUUGAGGACAUGUCCCUGUCCUCCACUUCCUCCCUGGACAGGAAUGACAUCAGCCAGGAAUACAUGGAUGACUUUGACAACCUCGGAAACGGAGGGGUUGGCAUCUUACUGCUUUCAUCCAAAAACGAAGAGGAUGACUCUGGACUCGACCAGUCAUGCACCAGGCUGGACGAUGACAAGGACGCCGUUAGCAAGGUCGCCAAGACAACAGGACUGUGCUUCCUAGACGAUAGUCUGGACUGGACCUCCAUCAGAGGUGAUAAAGACGAGCACCGAUUUAACCAACUUGCCCGUCGGAGAAAGGCAAGUCAGCCUGACUAUCAUGAACAGGGCGGCUCCUCUCUGGACCUGUCCCCCUCUGACAGCUGUGGCUCUGGGGGUACCUACAUGUGGGACGAGGAAGGUCUGGAGCCUCUUGGGGGCGCCACCACAACCGCCUCCAUCCACACCAACAGCAACACCACCCACCACAUAGGGAGCUUCGACUCGGACAUCAACAGCAUCGAUCUCUUAAACAACCUGGACUCUUGUGAUCUGGCUGACGAUGACCUCAUGCUGGACGUAGAUUUCCCAGAGGACUCCUCGCUACAUAGCGAUGGAGAGGGGCUGUCCAGCAUGGCUCAGUGGAGAAGAAGACAACUCUGUUGGGGAACACAGGACAACGACAUUGAGAGUGACAUCCAGUGCUACAAACUCUCCCAGGACCCUGAAACAAAGGAGGAUAAAAUCAGGUCGGCCUGCUGCUCGCCGGCUCCUCAGACUCUGGUUCUGGAUGUGGAGGAACUCGCUGAGGACUGCUCUGCAGUCCGGUCACAGCUGGAGUUCCUGCAGAGGUUGUUGCUGCAGGAGGAGGAUUUGGACGACGACACUCUGACCACAGACACUCUAAGUCCAGAAACAAAUGACUUGUCUCACAGUUCAGACUCGCAGGUGGAGGCGCUCCUGCAGGAGGUACAGCAGCUCCGGGAGGAACUGAGGAGCCGAGACCGGACCAUUGCACAACUAACCAUGCAACUGACUGUUCCCACACUGACCACCAGGUGUCGCUGUCAGGGGUCGUCUGAAAGGAUGGAGCAGCAAACGCAGACAAGUCUGACAAAAAGCGAGUGUGUGUCGUCGCAGACACCGUGGAGAGAACACACUUCACAGGUACUUUACUCCUCCCAUCAGGAAGACCAGGAACCACUGACAAACCAAGCGCCGCCUUCAGGUAACCCCGCCCACGCUGAAAUGCUCCCUGACGCUCUCCCCCCAUCUAUUGAACCAAUCGCUGCCACCUGCACAUCCCCAACAAGAGCGACGGUCGAUGGAAACCCACAGAGGAAGCCGGGGAGGGAGGAAGAAGAGACGGAAAAGAGAGGGACCACUUCCAGGUCCCUGAUGCCUCUGCACCCUUCUAAGCUCCGCCUCUUCCUGUCUCACGCUGCCAACGUCUCCGCGCCGGCAUCCCCGAAGGCGAGGCCGUCAAGGCAGCUGUUGGAUCGUGUCAACUCUCCCGGGCUGAAGGCAAAAGCCUUCGGCUCCGGAUCGUCGCGUCUCCCCAAACCAAAGAGCUACUGAGGCAGCGGGCGAUCAAACGCGUCGACUGACUGACUGUACCGGUCCUGAAUCCUUAAUGUUGAUAUUCUGAGCUAAGAUUAAACAAAAAAAGCACUUCAUUAGGAAGAGUGAUGCCACCCGGAUCUCGGAAGACGUCACGGAUAAAAACCAUGGAUUUGUGCCUUUGAUUUGGAAGACGCCGUCGUCUCACAGCGGAUCGCUGGAACCGAACGUCAUUUAAAGUCUAACCUGAGACGUUUCACAUGUUGCUGCUGCUGCUGCUUACAUUCUAAUCUUUAUUGGUCCUCUGAUGAGAUUCAGACUGACUACGCCCAGCCUCUGUGAGAGGAAAAGUGCUCGCGCUAAUUUAAAUGAAGUCUCCGACGUGAAACUUGGCCUUGUUUGCAUUCCAUCGAACACUGGAGUUCUUGAUCUGAAAACCUAUCUAAUAUCUUAAGUUCACCUUCAGCAACACACACUCUCUAUUUUUUUAAUAUGUGAUUCAAUUGUUUAUCCACAACCACAGAAGAGGCAGAACGCUUCGUCCUUCUGCCCGCCGUCUAUCAUCUCUUCUUUCAGACAACCUUGACAUGAGGAAAUACUUUUUCUUCUGAAGCUUUUGAGCCUCAAACUUCUUCUUCUUGGUUAAAUCCCCAGCUUCUCGCAGGGAAAUCUUCCUUCCUAAAGGAAGAGUUUGGAUUUGUCUAGCUGUUGCUUCCAGAAAAACCUUCUUCCAGACUAUCCGGUUAAGCUGCACUGCAAAAACGCAAAAUCUUAGCAAGUUUUUUUUUUUUUGCUUUGUCUAGUUUCUGGUGCAAAUCUCUUAGCUCUGUUUAAUUUCAAGUGUAUUAUCUUAAACGUGACUUUUAAGAGCUUCUUUUAAAAUCUAUACUUAAUAUUGAUGGAAAAAUACUUUUUCUAUUUGCAGAUCUUCAAAGCUUAAAAAUGAGUGAAAAAAAUCUUCCAAUAGAACUAGUAUUUUUAUUUAUGUUUUUAUUAAUAUCAAGGAAGUAUUGACUUAAAACAAGUUGCUAUCUGUCUGAAGUGACCAGUAAGUUGGUUUGGUCUUAUUUUAGUCGAGCUAAAAUAUUUGCACUAGAAACUGGACAAAAAUACUUGAUGAUAUUUAAUGUUUUUUUGCAGUGUGGAGAUUGUUUUUUUCCUUUUCGCUUUAGAACGCCACUUUGGAAUCUUUUUCUCUCUCGCACUAUGGCCGUGCCGUGACAUUUCUAUUAAAGUGUUUGCUCUCAAUUCUUCUCCAAGCAACGUUUGAUCCAAGCUCUGAACUGAAGGCUCUAAAUCCUUACAGGAGUUGCUUUAUGGUUAACAUUCAGCAGAGGAGCUGCCGUUUGUUUCAACAUCUCUUUUUAGUUAUCUUUUUUUUGCUCCUCAAACGAAUCCUGACAUUUGAGCUUUCAGCCGGAAUGUCACGUUUCCACGGUGCCGAUCUGAAACCGGGACACGUUUCCGGAACCGUUCUUAACAUUUUGCUAAGUCGAGGAGCUAUGCACUCGCCCGGAUUCCUUCAGGAAGUUUGAACCCAGUGACAUUUUCGCUCCGCCGAUGCCUCAAACCCACCAGUAAGAUCCCGUGUCAUCCGUAUCGGCGACUCUCUGUCAGCUCUGCCUGCUUUCACUUGAAACUGCUCUGGAAUAAAAUAUGCAACACACACACAAAAAGAAACGGACGCAGAAAUAUGCAAGCUGGCUUCGCUUUAAGUCACAGAUGCUGGUGAAUUUUUUCAGAAAAGCGAUGACUUUUUAUUAUAUACGACUGGUUGAUUCCAUCCUUUAGCUUAAGGCUUUAAUGAGAGAAAGAAAACUUCCUGGGUUUUUGGCCGGUGGGAAUAAAUGAAACUAAUUAGAGGUCAUUCUCUCUGAGAUCAUAAACUCCUUAAAUCUGACUUUUUUUUUCUCACACCUUUUACACAUCCAGCUCACCAGAGAAAUCCGAGUUUUUAAUGUUUUCUCUAAGAGUCUCUUCCUUUCUUCCCUCCUUUCAUGAAUACAGUAAAAGUUGAUAAAGAAUAAACUUUCCUCUGAAGAAUCUGAAAUCAAUGAAGUAAUUGAUCCCGAUGCCAAAAAAAUAGCAUUAAUACCUCCAGUUUUCACAGCCCAGAUUUCUUAAAAAUAAACAAAUACAGUAGCCCUUGCAUCUGCAGAAUAAAGUAAUAAAUGCAAAAUAAUUUGGCUCCGUUUUAGAUUUUUAAGCGCAAGUGAGAGUCUUCAACAUGGAUACCUAAUUUCAGCAUCAUUUAUCAAUUAUAUUAAAAUUACAUUUAGACAUAUUGCAGUUGCACAUAGACUUUAACUGAAAGAGAAAAGAGUCUCUUUGAGUUGAUUUAGCUGCGCAAAUCUAGUACCGACUGUAGCGCAGCUGUUUUCAAAGACCGAUGUCACGAAGCCAAAAAUAUUUUCAUUUUUUAAUGCGUGAUUUAAAAAUUCAAACAAAAUCCAGUCAGCAUAAAGAGCAAUCCAAAGUUUGGAUCUCAUCGGGUCAAACUUUGUGCACGCUUCUGCUGAAUGUAGAGAGGAUAAAUGUUUAAGUCAACUGAAUCUGCGUCUCUGAGUUUCAGCAUCAACAUCGAGACCACCUUUAUUGGACAUACGAGCCUGUUUUCAGAACAGGAAGCAUUAAACAAAACAAAAAGCUGGCACGUUUUGUCGUAUUUUGUCAAACCGAGAUGAAAU